AUGGAAGUCAUCGAUUUCCCUACCGUCACCGAGUCACGUGCAACCCCAUCUCCGUCGUCGCAGAACCCUCCCCGUCUUCUUCCUCGAAGCACCCUCAACCAAUUCCAACAGACAGUAUCAAUGGCGGGCAAAACCUCCCACCCCAUCCACAUCCACCCGGUCCGACCGCUCUACCGCUUCACUGCGACUGCACUGGGCGCUAGCAUGUGGUUCUUCCUCAUGUACCGGGCCAAGAAAGACGGUGCCGUGCUGCUCGGCUGGAAGCACCCUUGGGACCACUGA